AUGGUCUUCCAGUCGUACGCCUUCGGUGGCAACACCAACCCCAUCAACCUCCACCACGGUGGCGUGUUCGAGGCCGCCGCCCCCAUGCCCAUGUCGCGCAAGCGCAAGGUGUGCGAGGAGGACGAGGCCGACUUCGGGCUGUCGUCGCUACACAGCAACAAGCUCUGCCUCCCUCGCGGGGCGGGCCUCGACAUGGACCAGCAGGCCGAGUUCCACCCGCUGCCGCUCGACGUCAGCAACGCCAUCUUGGCCUCGCUCUCGCACGACCCCUUUGCCAUGGCCACGAUGCAGAGCAGCCCGGGGUCCGCUUACGGCAACGAGGCCCAGCUGCCCACGCCCUCGUCGUCCUACGCACCCCUGCACAGCGACCACGGCCACAAGAGGUCCGACGGCUCCGACUACUUUGGGCAGGGCUCCCAGUACCCCGAGCUCGACAUCUACCCUUCUCAGCCUGGCCUCUACGGCCUGAUGGGCCCGCAGGCCGGCGCCUCGUCCAACGGCAUGGACGUCGACGGCGAGGGGCAGGCUCAGGGCCACGGCCCGCACUGCAAGAGCAUCGCGCGGCUCUCGGUGCGACACAACGGGGGCACCACCUCGGAGCUUUGGGCGAGUUGUCCCGACUGCGGAGCCUGCACCAAGGUCCAGUCCGACCAGCCCUCGAAGCUCUGCUACUCCCCAUGA